GACUGCUCUGUGAGAGACUGCAACGGAGCGGUUGAACGAAGCCCAGCGGAGAAUCACAGCAACGCAACUCUAGAGAAAAUUCUGCGCUUCGCAUACUGUAGCAUGGCAUCAAGGAGAAUGGAGACCAAACCAGUAAUAACCUGCCUCAAAACGCUCCUCGUCGUCUAUUCCUUCGUGUUUUGGAUCACGGGGGCCGUCCUGCUGGCGGUUGGACUAUGGGGUCAAUUCAUGCUUGGCCCGUACAUCUCUCUGAUCGCCGAGAACUCCACCAAUGCCCCCUACGUGCUCAUCGGCACUGGCACCACCAUCAUCGUCUUCGGUCUGUUCGGAUGCUUUGCCACCUGCCGCGGAAGCCCAUGGAUGCUCAAGCUGUAUGCCAUGUUCCUCUCGCUGGUCUUCCUGGCAGAGCUGGUGGCUGGCAUCUCCGGCUUUGUGUUCCGCCACGAGAUAAAGGGAACUUUCCUGAGGACAUACAACGAGGCAGUGCAGGACUACGAUGCCAAGGACGAGAAGAGCCUGGCUGUGGAUAAUGUCCAGCGUAGCCUGCGCUGCUGCGGCGUGCUGAACUACACCAGCUGGUUCACCAGCGUCUACUACCCCACCAACGGCAUCCCCUCCAGCUGCUGUGUCAACACGUCCGACUGCAGCUCCGCUGACCUGCGCAACUCCACCAUCGCCCCCAGCAAGGUUCACCAGCAGGGUUGCUAUGAACUGGUGACCUCCUUCAUCGAGACCAACAUGGGCAUUAUUGCUGGUGUGACCUUUGGCAUUGCUUUCUCGCAGCUGAUCGGCAUGCUGCUCGCCUGCUGUCUGUCACGGUUUAUCACUGCCAAUCAGUACGAGAUGGUGUAGCAGUAAGAGCACAGGGAGAUGGCAAGAGGGCAUCCAUCACCUUGGGCAACUGGGAAAGGACAUACCUGAAAUUCUAGCACACUCCAUUCUCAUGGCCUUUUCCCUCUGUGUCCUUUCCCUCCGUACUUUUCUCCUUUCUCUCUCUCUUGUUUUCACCCUCUCCUCUUCUCUCGUUCCUCCUUUUUUCUCUCUGUGUCGGUCUUUCUCUGACUUUUUGUGUAGUGCAUCAUUCCUUAACGUGCAGUUGUGCCAUGAUGGGGGGGUAAAAAAUACGUUUUUCUUUCAGGACCUUAACACAACUAAAGGAAAAAGAGCCGGAUCUGUACACUCACAUUAGUCCAAGUCUUUUGCUGUACAAACAAACCCACUGCAUGCCGAAUCACACCUCCGCUAGCGUCACAACCAUCACAGUGACAUUUGUAUAAAUAACCAAAAAUGUGACUAAAAUAUUGCAUCAUAGUUCUUUUUUGUCAGAUAUGUUUUUAUUUUGACGUAAAAAGGUAAAGAAAAAAUAGCAUAACAAUCAAAUAUCAGAUCAUUUUUGUAUCCUGUUUGGGAUUUUUUUGGGGGGAGGGAACCUCCUCUCCCGUGACACAAACGGUGUUCGCUUCGUGCUGCUACAUGAAGUACUUCUCUCUGCAUCCUGUUCGAGACAAACAUUGCCUAUAGCUGAAACUGUGUACUAGUAGCGCUCUGUGGACGUGGGUGUGUUGUGUUGCUUUCUCUCUUUAUUUUCUUUUAGGUAAAUAAAGUACAAAAGCCCUUGGGUGAAUGUCCGCAUCAGGCCAGCUCAGUGCUCAGUGACCUUAGCCCCUCCACCCCAGUGCCUUCCUCCUUGGCCCUAGUUUUGGUGUUCGUGUCAUUGUCUAUUUUAUUUAUUUAUUGAUGUUGUUAUUUAAAUGACACUAUAUACAGACUCAGUAUACUUAAUCUUAAUACUGAUAAGGCCUAUAAGCAGUCUCGAUCUUGCUUCAGAACAGCUCUCUUUCUCUGUUUCCGUUGGCUCUAACAUCCUAGCCGUGCCAAACGGUUCCACUUUCUCUCACUGGCCAGCGUCUGAUAUAUUAACUACUCAGUGUCCCUCCCAGCCUAGCUUUUUGCUGAUGCACCCUGUCGGCACUCCGUCCCAGCAAUGUCCUCCCCAUCCUCUGCGUCAGCAGUGUCUGACUCACUCGCUACCGCCGCCGUCCACGCAGUGAGGACAGCUGAGCCAUUGCUCACUGCUAUCAGAAGCGGUUGGUGGCUUGAAGGCCAGACAGGGAGGUAGGAUGGGGCGAGAUAGCAAUAGGUUGAACUCAUUAGGGGGCGAAUCAAAUGUAUUGAAUGAGAAUCACUGCAGUCAUUUUGAGAGAAUUAUAAUUUCCGCCAAGUGGUGCGGUCCACGGUGGUUAGUCACUAGACAUGCUCGUCACCAGACUGUCUAAAAGAGAGUUCUCCCGUAUUAAGAAUCCCAUACGCUAUUAUCAACCAGAGUAGCCUAACUCAAGAAUGUUAUUAAAGCCUUACAGUCUUAUUUAGGGCCACUCUCUUCCUGCUGUGUGUAAACUGAACUCUAACUUCUCUUGGCCACCUCCAAAUAACGAACAAGCAUGAGCAGGUGUAAAAGCAACCAGUCUUUAGGACCCACUGACUUAGCAAGGUACAUGUGAUGUGAGUCCAGGGUCUAGUUCAUCGCAUUCAUUCUAUUCUGAGUGGGGGUGGAUGGAGGAGAAAGCUGAUGUCACUGGCACUGUCUUGUUUUAGGAAACUCUGAUGUGAGUAAAGUGGGCUGGUUGUUCCAAUUUUCUGUUUAUGAGUGUUUGCGUUUAGAUUAUUUCUCAGGUUUUUUUUUUUUUUGCCUCAGUUUUGAAGUUGUCACUGCAGCUGCCCUUUGUGUUGGUGGAAUAAAUAUCACAAAUAAGUGGAGAAGCUAAAGUGUUGUAAAUGAUUCCUAGUCACAAUUUGAAAAGUUCGAUGAGCAUAACAAUAAGACUUUGUAUAAAAUAAACUUUUUAAAACGCAUCACCAGCUAGCAUGCCAACAAAUGUACGUUGAUAUUGUAAACAACUGUGAUCUCUAUUAAAAAAUUGGUCAUUUCAUGGUU